AUGUCUGCUACUCCCACCCUGGACCCCACUAGUCGUCCCAGCAUGAGUGUUACGCCGACGACAGUCCCGUCCCAGAGCCCCCCUGAAACCCACCACGGAGCCAACCACCGGGUCCGCGAGCAAGACACAGAGCACUGGCGUGGAUCCAACCAGAGUUCCAACGAGCGCCCCGACAUCCAGCACGGGCAUUUCUCCGACCGAUUUUCCAACGAGCGCUCCAACUCCCAGCACCGGCGUGGAUCCAACCAGGAUUCCAACCAGCACCCCGACUCCUAG